GGGCGGAGUCACGUGGUCCAGAGAGGAAAAAGGGGGUCCUUUUUGGUGUAAAUCUGGACUCUAAUUCUGUAAUAUAUCAAGGAAUCUCGUAAAACCGACACUAAAACGUCCCUGCCUACAAAUCAUCCGGCCAAAUUAUGAGUUCAUUGUAUUAUGCGAAUGCUUUAUUUUCUAAAUAUCCAGCCGCAAGUUCGGUUUUCGCCACCGGAGCCUUCCCCGAACAAACUUCUUGUGCGUUUGCUUCCAACCCCCAGCGCCCGGGCUAUGGAGCGGGGUCGAGCGCUUCCUUCUCCGCCUCGAUGCAGGGCUUGUACCCCGGCGGGGGGGGCAUGGCAGGCCAGAGUGCAGCUGGCGUCUACGCAGCCGGCUAUGGGCUCGAGCCGAGUUCCUUCAACAUGCACUGCGCACCCUUUGAGCAGACUCUCUCCGGGGUGUGUGCCGGCGACCCCGCCAAGGCGGCGGGCGCCAAGGAGCAGAGGGACUCGGACUUGGCGGCCGAGAGUAACUUCCGGAUCUACCCCUGGAUGCGAAGCUCAGGGACGGACCGCAAGCGAGGCCGCCAGACCUAUACGCGCUACCAAACCCUGGAGCUGGAGAAGGAGUUUCACUACAAUCGCUACCUGACGCGGCGGCGGCGCAUCGAGAUCGCGCACGCGCUCUGCCUCACGGAAAGACAGAUCAAGAUCUGGUUCCAGAAUCGCCGCAUGAAGUGGAAAAAGGAGAACAAGAAUGUGGGCCCCGGGGUUACCGGCCAGGACAAGGCCGAGGCGGAGGAGGACGAGGAAGAGUGAGGGACGGAGAAAGGGUAGAGGACGAGAGAGACGAGAAGGGAGAGAGGGAGAAGCCCAACUCUGAGAACUGAACUAGGAAACUCAAAUCAAAUGGGGGGAGGGAUCUAUUUAAAUGGAAAGCAGGUAAUUUUUUUUUUUAAGGAGAAAAGGUGAAAUUUUGGUUUCUAACACUGAAAAAAAAAACUACCUAUAGAAAAGUCUGCCGUGUUUGUUUUGUACAAUAUGGGAAGGACAUCAUCUACCUGUUCUGUAGCUUUCUGGAAUUUGCCUCCCUUUUUUCUACGUCCCUAUUGUAAGGUCUUUGUAAAAUCUCGCUGUUUUGUAAGCCCCCCUCUUUGACGCUGUCUUUGUGGUCUGUGGGUCUAGACUAAUGUGUGUUGUCCAUCCCCCCUCCUGAGUCCCCGCCUUCCCAGUAGCCCCACUGAGGGGGCUUUAGGUAGCCCCAAGGACCCACGGACUAGCUUGAGUGUCCUCUUUGUGCACUUGGCCUGCCCUGAUGCUUCUUGUUCCCCCCAACCCCUGUGAUCCUCUUUACAUUGUAUGUGUAUCUGAAGAACAGAGAAAUAAAACACAAUUUAAAAUAUAAA